AUAAUAUAUAACUCCGUAACUAUAUUUGGCAUUGCUAUCGAGACGUCGUCGUUACGUCACAACUCACCUUAUAAAACUUCGUCUAGCUCCUACGUUCUUCCACGCAGCUUAUAGUCAUUACAUUUGCAAAGGAGGAAAAAAAAAAAAAAAUGGAGUCCAUUACUUCGCAAUCCUUCUAUCUACCGGUCCUAGUUGUUGCCGCCACCUUCUUCUUCAUCCUUCGCCUACAAAAAUGGCAAAGCAGGUCGCAGUCACAGUCACUUAGGCCACCCUCACCGCCAGGCCUCCCAAUAAUCGGUCACCUCCACCUCCUCACCGACAUGCCCCAUCACUCCUUGGCCCAGAUUGCCCACAAACUCGGCCCCAUCAUCCACCUCCGGCUCGGCCGUGUCCCUACGGUCGUCGUCUCCUCCGCUCACCUGGCCAAGCUCGUCCUUAAAACCCACGACCACAUCUUCGCCAGCCGCCCUCAGCUCAUCUCGGCACAGUACCUCUCCUUCGGCUGCUCCGACGUUACUUUCUCACCCUACGGCCCCUACUGGCGGCAAGCCCGAAAGAUCUGCGUCACCGAGCUGCUCAGCUCGAAACGGGUCAGCUCGUUCCAGCUCAUUCGAGACGAGGAGGUGAAUCGGCUGCUGAGAUCCGUGUCAGCUCAGUCGGGGUCGGAAAUCGACCUAGGCGAGUUGUUCUUCACAUUGGCAAACGACAUCCUGUGCCGGGUGGCAUUCGGGAAGAGGUUCAAGGAGGAGUCGGGAGAGGGACAGAAGCGCCAUCUUGUAGGGAUUUUGACAGAAACACAGGCGUUGUUUGCCGGGUUUUGUUUGGGGGACUUCUUUCCCGACUGGAAGUGGGUGAACUCACUGAGUGGGUACACAACGAGAUUGACCAGGAACCUAGAGGAUCUGCGAGCAGUCUGCGAUGAAAUUAUCAGAGAACACGAGGAGGAGAAGAUCAAGGGUAGUAGCAGCAGUACGGCGGGGAAGGAGGACUUCGUUGAUGUUCUGCUUCGGGUGCAACAACGAGACGACCUGGAGGUUCCCAUUACAGAUGAUAAUCUCAAAGCUCUUGUCCUGGACAUGUUUGUCGCGGGAACUGAUACAUCAUCAGCAACACUAGAAUGGACAAUGACGGAACUUGCUCGACACCCCAUGGUGAUGAAGAAAGCUCAGGAAGAAGUUCGAAACAUAGUAUCCACCAGCACAGGAUCAAAAUUUGAAGAAAGCCAUCUUCCACACCUUCAUUACCUGAAAGCAGUGAUAAAAGAGACGAUGCGGUUACACCCACCAGUCCCUCUCCUAGUUCCUCGAGAAUCCAUGGAGAAAUGCAACCUCGAUGGCUACGAAAUACCUGCGAAAACCAGGGUUCUCAUCAACACUUAUGCCAUUGGGAGGGACCCAAAGUCGUGGGAAAAUCCUCUGGAAUACAACCCUGAGAGGUUCAUGGAUGUUGACAUUGAUGCCAAGGAUCAGGACUUCAGGUUUCUACCAUUUGGAGGAGGCAGAAGAGGCUGUCCGGGUUAUUCAUUUGCAUUGGCCACGGUAGAGAUUGCAUUGGCUCGCCUAUUGUGUCAUUAUGACUGGGCAUUGCCUAAGGGAGUUGGUGCAGAUGAUAUGGAUCUUAGCGAGAUUUUCGGGCUUGCGACAAGAAAAAAGACAGCUAUUGUUCUUGUUCCAACAGCCAAUCCGCAGUAUAAGUUCAAGGGUUGAUCAGGAUACUUGGUGAUGGUAGCGGUGUCAUGAUCAACUGCAGUCUGAUUCUAAAAUGUAAGGGAUGAUAUUGGAGAAUAAAAUUAAGCUGUUGAGGAAA